AUGAACAUGACAUCCUCUUAUGAACUCGACGACGACGAUAAUGACGUGCCCGACAGUGAUGACUUGAAUGAAUUGUACGCUGCUUCUACCGCCGCGACUGCCUUCUCCGACGACCUGGACGCUAUCCACGCCGCCCAACGCGAGAACAAACGCGUCAGGCCCAUUCAGCGAAUCUGGCAAACGAACGACAUCUUCCGUAGCGACCCAGCCUCGUCUCCCGUCCAGAUGGCGAGUACAAUGCCCUCUUCCCCCCCGCUGUCCCCAUCACCCAAGAAACGCAAGCUUGGAGGCACCUUCACCGCGACGCAGCGACCUGCCAAAGCCCAGAAAGUGUACUACGGCAUAGACAUUCACCGACUGCUCGAAGAUGCCCAGGCAGAAGCGAGCGUACCAAAGGCUGCAUACCAAGCGCCCACGCCACCGGCUGAAUUACCAGCUCCAUCCACCAAGAAGUCAUCAUUGCUAUGGACCGAGAAGUACCGCGCCAAGAAGUUUACCGACCUCGUAGGCGACGAGAGGACACAUCGAGCAGUCAUGCAUUGGCUCAAGCGCUGGGAUCAGAUCGUCUUUCCUGGCUCUUAUCGACCGAAACCAAAGGCCAAGCAGGAUGAGGGUGCAUUUGAAGAGAAGCUGCAUCGCAAGAUCCUCAUGCUGACAGGCCCACCCGGGUUGGGAAAGACCACGUUAGCCCAUGUAUGUGCAAAGCAAGCUGGCUACGAAGUGCAAGAGAUCAACGCGAGUGAUGAGAGGAGCAGCACAGUUGUCAAGGGCCGCAUACGAGACAUGGUCGGUACAGAGAAUGUAAAGGGUGUAGACACGAAGACAGUAGAUGGGCGAACACGAAAAGCUGGUAAGCCGGUCUGCGUGGUGGUGGAUGAGGUCGAUGGAGUGGUUGGUGGCAGUGGCGGAAGCGGUGAAGGAGGUUUUGUGAAAGCGUUGAUCGAUCUCGUCACGCUUGACCAGAAGAACUCCAGUGCUCUAGGUACACUAUCGCAAGCACCAGCCAGGAAGAAGAAGGGUGACCGAUUCCGACUACUGCGGCCCCUUAUACUCGUCUGCAACGACGUAUACCAUCCAUCAUUGCGACCGCUACGACAAAGCAAUCUUGCCGAGAUCAUUCACGUUCGGAAAGCGCCCAUACAGACUAUCACGACCCGACUGCAGCAAGUCUUGCAAAAGGAGGGCGUACCCUGUGAGGGUGACGGUGUCCGCCGACUCUGUGAGGCGACAUGGGGUGUGUCGAAUCGCAAAGAGGAGCGCAAUGGCAAUGGAGCUGGCGAAGGAGAUAUGCGAGGUAUCAUGGUCGUCGGAGAGUGGGUUGCUGGAAAGCUGCGCAACACUGGCGAUGGUAGCGCUCGAUUAACACGUAAGUGGGUGGAAGAGCACGUCCUCAGCGACCUUCAACAUGGCGGCGGCGCAGCACGAGCACUGGGCCGAGGAGGACCGAAAGACAUUGUAGAGCGGGUCUUUCAAGAGGGCGCCGGGUUCCCAAAGUCUUCAGCAAGCGUGACGCCUCAGCAUAAUGCCGACAUCGCCACGGUCAAGGGCGUUGCAGAAGGACUUCGAAGAACAGCGACCGAGCGCUUGCGAGAGUUGGUGGAUACGCAUGGCGAGUCUGAUCGCAUCAUGACUGACUGCUUCUCCAUGUACCCAACACGCAACUUCCAGGACAAUGAUCUGCUGUCAAAGCCUGAUUCGGCAUACGAUUGGCUUCACUUCCAUGAUCGCCUGUCAAGCGCGGUCUUCAGCAGCAACGAGUGGGAGCUGGCGCCAUAUCUGAGCUCGCCAAUUCUAGCGUUCCAUCACCUCUUCGCUUCGCCGACAAGAGCACAAUACGAUCUGAAAGCUGGCGACGAGGACGAUCAAACCAUCGUACAUCCAUUCGCCGGACCCAGUGCAUCAUGGGCUGCGCAUGAAGCCGAAAAACAGAACGCCGCGCAUAUCCAGACUCUGCAGGCUGCACUUUCGCAUCCCUUGACUCGCCUCUACUGCUCGACGGCCGACAUUGCUACCGAACUUCAGCCUUACCUGUUCCGCAUGCUGUGCCCAAAUAUCAAUCCGAUCGUUGUUGGUGGCAGUGGUAAGGACAAGAGCAUCGCCUCUGUCCGCAAAGCUUCGGAGCAGACACUUGUGAAGCGAGCCGUGAACGCCAUGGGCGCCACUGGCGUGCGCUUCGACCGUGUCAAGGUCUCUCAGGACGAGGGCAUGUCCUUUGGUCCGCAGCAAUGGAUAUACCGUGUCGAACCACCUCUCGACACGCUUUGUACGUACGAGACAGGCGGCAAAGGCUUCGGCGAUAGCGGCGGCAGGACUCGAUAUGCCGUUCGCCAAGUAAUCGAGCAAGAAUGGAAGAAAGAAGAAGCGCGACUCAAUGAUGAAAGUCGACUCGCAAGAUUUGGCGUCGUUACCAGUGACACUGCACCUGCGAAGCGUGGCGGGAUAGAUGAGCUCGAGGCUCCCAGGAAACGCAUAGCUCGCGACUUCUUUGGCAGGCCCAUAGCGGUUCCUGCUGGAGGCGCUGUCGUGCCACAGAAGGAAAAGAAGUCGGGUUUGACGGUUUGGGUAACGUACCACGAAGGCUUCUCCAAUGCUGUGCGAAAGCCUAUAACACUGAAGGAACUGAUGCAAGGUCUGUAG